CGGAUGAGGCUUCUGAAUCGGCAUCUGACUCAGAGGACCGCUCGGAUACAGUUGAAACGGUGAACUCAUUGGUUGCGGCCAUAAGAGACACCUUUCACUUAGAGGACCCAGGAUCUUCGAACGUGACUCCUGAAGUAUCCUUUCAUCGUGUUCAACCAGCACCUCAAGGGUUCAGCUCUCACGCUGAAUUUCACAUCCUUCUGGAAUCUGCAUGGAAACAUCCGGAUAAGAGGUUCUCGGGAAUGAAGAGGGUUCAAGUGCGUUACCCAUUCGCCAAGGACCUUGCCUCUAGGUGGUUUCCCCUCUCUCGGUGGAUCCACCAAUUUCCCGAAGUUUGCCUCUGAAGCAGCGGGCUCUUCUCUGCUUCCCACCUUCACCUCUGCAUGGGGGUUCAAGGCCCUUUCGAGGAUCUAUUUUGCUUUGGUUCUCCAAUGCUCUAAAGCUGGGGGCUUUCUGUGCUCAGCUACCGUGCAGUCAGUCCGUUGUGCUGCCUUUGCUGUGUGUCUCCUAGCGGCCCUCCGCCACUCCAUGUGACUUAGGGCGCGGGAUGCGGAUGCCGCCUCCAAAAGUUUUCCUACCGAGUUUCCUUUUACUGGUACCCGUCUUUUUGACAGCGCCUUGACGAGAUUAUCUCUGAGGCGACGGGGGGUAAGAGUUACUUGUUGCCUCAAAAUAAGGCUUUCUUUUCUUGGGGAGGUCCUCUUCCUUUGGCCCCAAUAAGGGGUCUGGGCAGGCGCCUUCGCGGUACAAGAGGUCUGUCUUCGAAGUCGGACACCAACCGUUCCGGCCGUUUUGCGGCCAAAUCGGGUUACCGCAAUCCCACUUCCGCAUGGAGUGAAGCCACCACCCGCAGGUUUUUCUCGGGUGGGAGGUAGUCUCUUACUUUUUCGAGACAGCUGGACCACACACAUUCAGGAAGUCCCGAGCUCCCCGGUCUCCUUCUCUGGCGAAGCAGUUUCGGGAGGCCCUCCAGUCCCUGCCCAGGGAGUCAUUGUCCCCAUUUCUCCAGGGGAAUGUUUUCAGGGUUUUUUAUUCCAAUUUUUUUUGUGGUUCCCAAGGAAGGUGGUUCUGUGCGACCGAUUCUGGACCUCAAGCGUCUCACCGUCAUCUUCUCCGCCACUUCCGAAUGGAAUCUCUCCGUUCGGUAGUGGCAUCCAUGGAACAAGGGGAUUUUCUUUCUUCGUUGGUCAUCAAGGAUGCCUACCUCCAUGUUCCAAUAUUUCCCGGCCAUCAGCGGUACCCCCGCUUUGCGGUUCCGGAGGGGCAUUUUCAAUUCAUAGCCCCCCCCUUUUGAUCUGGCCUCGGCUCCUCGAGUCUUUACAAGAUCCUUGCGCCAGUAAUAGCCCUGUUGCGGUCGAGAGGAGUUUCACUGAUCCCUUUCCUGGACGACCUUCUCAUCUAGGUUCCCACCAGAGUCCAGACUCUGGAGAAUGUGGAUCUCACUCUUUAGAUCCUGAUUCAUUUCGGGUGGAUGGUCAACCGGGACAAGUCUGUCCUCUCUCCCGCCCAGUCUCUGAUUUUUCUUGGAAAUUCAACUCAGUCUCUGCUCGGACUUGCCUUCCGAUGGACAAACGUCUGACGCUCCUGUCAGGAGUCUGCUCUCUUCGGGCCCAGGCCCCAGUUUCCAUCCGAAAUUACAUGGAAGUCUUGGGUCGGAUGGUAGCGGCCAUGGAAGCCGUACCCUUUGCCCAGUUUCAUUACCAUCCCCUUCAACUGGCGAUUCUCUCUCGAUGGGACAGAUCUCCUCUGUCUCUCGAUCGUCAAGAUUACUCUCCCUCGUUGGAUCCGUCAGUCUCUGCUCUGGUGGCGAUCAUUUCUUCCCCUCCACUGGCAGGUGGUGACAACGCAUGCCAGUCUGUCGGGCUGGAGCGGUGUGUUCAGGGUCUGGACGGUUCAAGGCCUCUGGUCUACCCUGGAAGCCCUUCUUCCGAUAAACAUCUUCGGAAUGAGGGCGAUUCUUCUUUGUCGUCUUCUUGGGAGUUCCUGCUUCAGUUCCGCCCUUUCCGCGUCCAGUCGGACAACUCCACGGCCGUAGCGUACGUAAAUCGGCUAGGCGUCACUCGCUGCUCGGCAGCCAUGGCCGAGGUGACAAAGGUUUUUCUUCUGGGCGGAAAACAAGGUUCCGGCCAUUUGGCGAUUCACAUUCCAGGUGUGCUCUUCUGGGAAGCGUAUUUCCUUAGUCGGUCCUCAGUCAACCCCGGAGAGUUGGUCCCUGCAUCCAGAGGUCUUCGCGUAGAGCUGCGACCUCUGGGACAUUCCAGACGUGGACCUCUUCGCGUCGGCACAAUCGGAAGAUUCUUCCAUUUUGUCAAUGUUCCGGGACCCCCUGGCUCUAGCCGUGGACGCCCUAGUGAUUCCUUGGAAGGGGUUUGCUCUGCCCUAUCUGUUCCCUCCCCUUCCGCUCCUUCCCAGGGUUCUGAGGAAGCCCAAAGCAGAGGACGUUCCUGCCUUACUGGUAGCUCCAGUUUGGUCCCGUAGGUCGUGGUACGGCGACGUGGUCAGGCUCCUGGACGACACUCCACUGCGCCUUCCACUUCGUUCGGACCUGCUGUCUCAGGGUCCUCUUUGCCACCCCAUUUUACAGUCACUGCAUUUGAGGGCGUGGCGGUUGAGACCGCAGUUUUGAGAACCCGUGGUUCUCUUCCCAAGUCAUUCCCACCAUGUUCAGGGCUCGCAAGCCUUCCUCGGCAAAAAUUUACCACCGUACCUGGUGGUCUUAUUUUUGCUGGUGUGAAGCUCAGUUUUUGUCUCCUGUUGCCUUUUCUGUUCCCCGUCUUCUUGCAGUCGGGAUUGGGACUGGGUUUGUCUUUCAGUUCCCUUAAGGGUCAGGUUUCGGCCUUUUCUAUUCCUUUCCAGCGUCCUCUAUCUUCUAAUUCUCAUGUCCGGACCUUCCUUCAAGGAGUGGCACAUGCUGCCCCUCCUUAUUGGUCACCUUCUCCUCCUUGGGACUUGAAUCUGGUUCUGGGUGUCCUCCAAGGUGAACCUUUUGAACCCCUUAGGGAAGGUGUCCCUGCGCCUCUUUUCUUGAAAAGUGGGGUUUCUUGUUGCUAUCGCCUCCAUUCGGAGGGUGUCUGAAUUGGCAGCUCUCUUCUGCCGUUCUCCAUUUCUGGGGAUUCACCAGGACAAGGUUGUCUUCCGACCAGAUCCUUCCUUUUUGUCUAAGGUUGUUUCGGCCUUUCAUCUAAAUGAGGACAUUGUUCUUCCGUUCUUUGUCCCGCUCCUUCUCCUCCUAGGAGCAUUUACUCCACGAACUGGAUGUGGUUCGGGCUGUUAGGUAUUAUCUCUCUAUCUCCUCUUCGUUUCGUCAGUGUGAUUUCCUUUUUCGUCCUUACGGAAGGUCGUCGUAAGGGACAGCCUGCUUCCAAGGCCACCACUUCUCGGUGGAUCCGGUCUGCCAUUUUGGAAGCCUAUCGCUGUAGGGGGAAGAUUCCUCCUUUCAGGGUUGUGGCUCAUUCUACCCGCUUCUGUUGGGGCAUCCUGGGCUCUCCAGAAUAAAGCCUCGGCCUCGAAGAUUACAAGGCAGCUAUUUGGUCAUCUUUGCACACUUUCUCAAAGUUCUACCGGGUUCAUACCUUUGCAUUGGCUGAUGCUAGUCUGGGCCGUAAACUGCUUGUUGCCAU